CUUUUGGUUUUACUUUUUCUAAAUAUUUUUUUAAAAAAAUAACACAAAAGCUUCCCAUCUUUCAACAAAAAUAUUGUAAUUUCUCAUACCAUUUCUUUUUAAUACAAUGUUUGUCCCGCUAUAUUAUAUUAUAAUUAUACUACUGAUAUAAGCUUAUGCAUUCUAUUCAAUGGUGGAUUUAUUUAUUCUUCAGCCAUAAGCGACAACCUUCACUGGUGAUUGUGAUAUAUAUCCAACUUGCCAUAGUUCAUCUAUGGAUUUAGCGGAAUUUGGUUGGAAACUAGGUUUAAGGUUGCUUCUUAAUAAAUUCAGUUGCUUGAUUUUGGUGGGGAAAUAUGGUGUGUUCUGUGCUUAGGUGGGUUUUGAUUAGGAUAACUUCAUGCUGGUGUGAUGUGUUAGGAGUUUUAGGUUGGGGGUAGUGGGUUUGAAGAUGACAGAUGUUUUGCAACAGAAGCCUGAUAGCACAGGAGAUGAUGCCCACUCUGAAUUUGAGAGGGGAUGGGAGGAGUUAAUGUGCGGACACUUGGACGAGUGUAUGUCAUUUGCUUCAUCUACUUCAGCACGAAACACUGAAGAUGAGGACGAUGACAGCGAUGGUCCUGUGAGAAGAAGAAGGAGGACUACUUCUCUAAUUGAAGGUGAUGAUAAUCUGGCUGAGUCUUCUGCUGCUAGGCGUAGGCGUUCACGUAUUUUGAGUAGGUGGGCUGCUAGACAGGCAGAACAUAUGAUAACUACUAUUGAGAGGAGGAAUCGUGAGUCGGAGUUGAUGGCACUAGCAGGUUUGCAUACUGUGUCGACACUUGAUUCUUCGUUCUUGACGGAAUCACAAUCUCCUACUUCAAGGCGUGAUGCCGAGAGGACAAGCAGUAGGUCGUCGACUAUUUUGCAAAUGUGGAGGGAGUUGGAGGAUGAGCAUAUAUUGAAUCAUGCCCGAGAGAGGGUAAGGGAAAGACUGACACACCAGAGGACUGUGGACUCUAACACCAAUAUUUCUAGUACUAGUAUCUCAGAAAGCCGGGAGAGCGAGAACCAUGAUAGUUUGGUGGAUGCUAAUGAGAGCGAGAAUGAGUAUGGUACUUGGUCUCAUGACGUGAUUGGACCACAGAUUGAGAACAGCGAGCAAGGGAACUCCAGCCGUGAACAGUCUCCUGAUCUAGGGGAAGUUGAGAGGGAGAGGGUAAGACAAAUUGUUCGUGGAUGGAUGGAGAGUGGGAUCAGUGACCAUUCACCUAAUGUCUCUCAGGGGAAUGGUGGCCCAAGAAGUGAAUGGCUGGGGGAGACAGAGCGUGAAAGGGUGAGAAUUGUGAGGGAAUGGGUCCAAAUGACUAGUCAACAAAGAGGAGCUCGUGGUGGCAGAAGGGAAGAACAGUCCAAUGGGCUUAGUGCUCAAGCUGAUCGUGUUCGUGAUGAGUCUGUUGUCGAGCAUGAGGAAGGCCAGCCAGAGCAUGUACAUAGAGACAUGCUGAGGUUGCGUGGCAGGCAGGCUUUACUUGAUUUGCUUGUGAGAAUUGAAGGGGAAAGACAGAGGGAACUUCAGGGUUUGUUAGAGCAUCGUGCGGUUUCUGAUUUUGCCCACCGUAGUAGGAUUCAGUCACUACUCAGAGGAAGGUUCUUGCGAAAUGAAGGCCCUGCUGAGGAAGAGAGACCACCUUCAAUGGCAGCAAGCGAACUAAAUCAUCUUAGGCAACGCCACACUGUCUCUGGGCUUAGGUAUAUGGCCUGGUCAAUUAUGUUUUGCUGCAGGAUUUGUCUCAAAUUGAAUUUUAAUCAGCUGUUGAAGCUUGCCUUUAUGCAAGGAUUUCGCUCCAGAUUAGAAAACAUUGUACGUGGUCAAGUGAGCAGCAAUUCUGAAUCUUCAUCUAACAGUGGCAACGGUGGUUUGAGAAGUAACCAGGCUCAUGCAAAUCCUUUGCGGGAGGUACAAAAUGAAAAUGUUGAGCAGCAGCAGUCUAGGGAGCAGGAGCAUAUUACUCCUCAGUUUCCUGAUCACAGAGAGAGUUUUGAUUCCAGUACAACUGGUCAGGCUACAACUUGGCCAGUGUCUCCAAACCAAGGAAGGGGUCAAGUGGAACCAGUUGUUGAAGCCUAUGGAGCAAAUCAGCGGGAUGCCACAUCUAAUGAACAGACUCAUGGAACUAUGGAGAAUACAAGUGGGAAUUGGCCACAAAAUCAACCAAUUGCUUGGCCCCCUGAAACAACAGGUGACAUGAAUAGAGAUGAACGUCGUUUACCAGAAAAUAAUGAGGUUUGGCAUGAGGAUGGGUCACGAGAAGCUGUCGAGAACCCGUCAUUAGGGCCUUCUAAUCUUCCUAGAAUGCGGCGUUCUGUCCCAUAUAGGAGAAUUAGUAGAUUCCAUCCACCCGAUGAUGAUAAUGUGUAUAGUAUGGAACUCAGGGAGCUUCUUAGCAGGAGGAGUGUUUCCAAUCUUCUUCACAGUGGCUUCCGUGAAAGUUUAGAUCAUUUAAUUCAGUCAUAUGUAGAAAGGCAAGGCCGUGCUCCAAUCGACUGGGAUUUGCAUAGGAACUUGCCUAUUCCUAAUUCAACUGAAAGGGAUCCGGAUCAACAGAAUGUUGCCCAACCGGAAGGAAUUAGCAGGCCUUCACAUGUGCAACCAUCUCCUCCUGUACCUCCUCCACAACCACUUUGGCAUCAGGAUUUGCAUCACUCCAGUUGGCCACGUCACACUGUGCAUCGUUCUGAACUUGAGUGGGAGAUGAUGAAUGAUCUUAGAAUGGACAUGGCAAAACUGCAGCAAGGUGUGAAUCACAUGCAAAAGAUGUUGGAGGCCUGCAUGGCUAUGCAACUGGAGUUGCAACGUUCAGUCAGACAGGAAGUUUCUGCUGCUUUGAAUAGAUCUGCUGAUGGACAAGGAGUCGCUGAGACUUCAGCUGAUGGAUCUAAAUGGGGCCAUGUGAAAAGGGGUACUUGCUGCGUUUGUUGUGAUAUUCACAUUGAUGCCUUGUUGUACAGAUGCGGGCACAUGUGCACUUGCUACAAAUGCGCAAAUGAAUUGGUUAGAGGUGGAGGGAAGUGUCCAUUGUGCAGGGCACCAAUUGUCGAGGUGAUCCGAGCUUACUCAAUCUUGUAAAUUGAAAGGACAGGAAGUAGAAGAAAAACUAAGUUAAAAGUUGGUAAGGUAUGAAGGAGUUAUAUGGUCCCUCUACUGAGCUUCUUAGCUUCUUACUUGUAGAGUGUUUUAUUUCCCUCCAUUCUUCUGAUUAUGUGGGUAUGCUGCGCUCUGUAUAGUUGGAAAGCAACCGCCAUGAUACUGCACUUCUGUUGCAUUAACCACUUGUAAAUGAAAGGUUAAUUUUCUCUCAGUUUAUUCUAGUUAUCGUUUGCACUUCGUGAA